AGCCUCUUUCUUCGGUCACCGUCUCUGCAGUUUCAAACAACGUAAAAAUCAGAAAUCCCUAAAGUUUCUCCCUCAUCUUCCUGUAAAACCUAACCGUAACCCUAAAUUCCCCAUGGAUUCGAGCAUUCUCGAUUCUCUCGGAGUCGAAAUCAUUGGCGUGAUGUCGCCGGUCUCAGUCUGCAUGCUCCUGGUGGUUCUCCUCGUUUACACCCUCUCCUCCGCCACCUCCUCGGCCGCCUCCGACACCAUCAGGACCGCCGCCAACCUCGUCUACCUCGAAUCCCCCUCCGACUCCACCACCCAGAAGCUCGAGGGCGCAUUGCUCAACGCUCUGGUCUUCAUCGUCCUCAUCGCUAUCGUCACGUUCGUCCUCGUCCUCCUCUACUACUACAAUUUCACCAAUUUCUUGAAGAAUUACAUGCGGUUCUCCGCGUUUUUCGUGCUCGGCACCAUGGGCGGAUCCAUCUUUUUGUCGGUAAUUCAGCAUUUCUCAGUGCCGAUUGAUUCAAUUACUUGUUUCUUGUUGCUGUUUAACUUCACUGUCGUUGGGGUUUUAUCGGUUUUUUCGAAUGGUAUACCGAUUUUUGUGAGGCAAGCGUAUAUGGUUGUUUUGGGGAUUAUUGUUGCAGCUUGGUUCACCAAGUUGCCCGAAUGGACCACUUGGGUUCUGCUUGUGGCUUUGGCCGUGUAUGAUUUAGUGGCGGUUUUGGCGCCCGGGGGGCCGCUGAAGCUGCUGGUUGAGUUGGCGUCGACCCGAGAUGAAGAGCUUCCCGCGCUGGUGUACGAGGCUCGGCCUGUGGUUUCGCGGGGUCCGGGGACUCGGGGUUCGGGGACCCGGGGUUCGAAUUUGGGGCUUUUGGUGGGUGGAGUUUCAGAGUCAGGGAGUGUUGAGCUGCAGGCGGUGUCUCAGGACAAUCGGAAUAAGAGUGAUGAGGACGUUGGAAAUUUAGCAAAUGAGGAAGGGGAGACAUCGCCUUUGGUGUCUAAUUUGCGGGAUAGGCCAACAUCAAGCAGUGGAAGCUCUGAGUACUCAGUGGUGAAUGUUAGAUUGAACCGAGGAGCCCAGUUUGGCAAUGGGGAAUCAGAGAUUGUUGUUGAUGAGGAAAUGUCUCCUCUUGUUGAUAUGUUGGAGUUUGGGGGCGAUAGAGAACAAACAAGGGGGGAAAUUCCUGAAGCAUCUAUGGGAACAAGUCGAGGAAUAAAACUUGGUCUCGGAGAUUUUGUUUUCUAUAGUGUUCUUGUGGGUAGAGCUGCAAUGUAUGAUCUCAUGACCGUGUAUGCUUGUUACCUUGCAAUUAUAUCAGGACUUGGAUGCACUCUUAUUUUGUUGUCUGUAUGCCACCGAGCUCUGCCUGCCCUCCCUAUAUCCAUCACAUUGGGUGUGGUAUUUUAUUUCUUAACUCGGUUACUGAUGGAACCUUUUGUUGUUGGGACAUCCUCAAAUCUAAUGAUGUUUUAACUUUAUAUCAUUCAUCAGAGGGAACUACACCAUUAACAGAACUUCCUGUUGUUUUUGAAAACCUUUUUUUAUAGGCCGUUAAAUGCAUUAUUCCAUGAAUCAUAUCCUUUACAGAUUGUAACUUUCUCACAGUUCAAAUUUUGGAUCAUGCAAUGGAGCAACUUGAAGGUCAUCUGGUGUUGUAUUUGAGUUAUCA